GCCCAACUCAUUUUGACUUGUUUGUUUGACUUUUCUAUUCCGCUGUUUGACUUCUCUCUCUCAAAGUCACUCAUCAUUCCGACCUAACCUUCUCCGAUCUUCCUCGCCUAAAUUCAUCUCAAAACCAAAAAAUUUCUCUGUAAAAUCGCAAAAGGACUUUGAUUUGGAAUAUCGAAAUCUAUUAUGGUGUUCAUUUAGGUAGCGAAACUUUAGUGAUAAAAGAAAAUGAAACCGUCUCUUCGAUUCGAGCGCGGCGAUGCAAAAACCCUAAUUUCGGGGUUUUAGGGUUAUCAGAGAAAGAGGGCAGCGUUUCAAAGAGAGCUUAAUGAAGAAGAAACAAGAGGAGAGUUCGUUGGAGAAGCUGAGCACUUGGUAUGAAGAUGGAGGAGAGCAAGACGGUGGUGGGGAGAGAAGUGAGAAGAGAAGAUUGAGCGUAAAAGCAUCGGAGUUCGAGAGUUCUCGAAUCGGGAGUAAAAGCAAAGAAGAGAAAUCUCUUGAUGAGUACCACGAUCGAGAUUCCAAGAGUUCUGAUAAGAGGGAAAGUGGUGGUAGAGAUCGAACUCAUGGGUCUUCUUCUGAUUCAAGUAAGAGGAGAAAAUGGGAUGAAGCUUCUGCUGGUACUGAUGGUGAAAGAGGAGAUCACAACAAAAGCAGUAAGCUUUCUGACUCUAGACAUGAUAGUAGUACCGUUUUAGAGAAAACUUCUGUUAGUAAUGAAUGUGGUGAUGGUAGAAAGUCUGAUAGAAGUUUGAAGUCAAGUAGUAGAGAGGAGAAGAGUAAGACUAGAAUAAGGUCAGAAUCUGCUAUUAAAGAAGAUGAUAGAGGUAGUCCUCUUAAGAAAACCAGUGGAGGAAAGGAUGGUUCUGAGACAGUGAGUCGAUCUAACAGGUCUAAGACACCAGACAGAAGUGGGAGGCGACAUCAAGAAUCAGAACAGUCAGAGGCAGAGUAUGAGAAGGAGAAGUAUAGCCGGAAAGACGAAAGAUCUAAAGGAAGAGAUGAUGGCUGGUCUGAUAGGGACAGGGAUCAAGAUUGGAAGAGAAGACAUUCUGGUAGUAAUGAGAAAGAUCAGAAAGAUGGGGAUUUGCUUUAUGAUCGUGGCAGGGAACGCGAUUUCCAAAGGCAAGGACGUGAAAGGAGUGAAGGAGAGAGGUCACAUGGUCGUUUAGGUGGUAGGAAAGAUGGAAACAGAGGUGAGGCGGUUAAAGCUUUGUCAAGUGGAGGUGUUUCGAAUGAGAAUUAUGAUGUGAUUGAGAUACAAACCAAACCACUUGAUUCAGGGAUGAACCUUGCUCGUACGACUGAAUCGGAUCAGCAACCUCCCAAGAAGCCUAGUAAUAACGACGAAGAUUGGGUUUACAACAGCCAGGAAAGUAGACAGAGAAGUGAUACUUUUGGUUUUGGGUCUUAUGGUGAGGCUUCAAGAGAUGAAGCUGGUGAAGCAAGCUCUGAUUACUCAGGAGCUAGAUCAAGAAACCAGAGAGGUGCAACACCUGGUCGAAAUAAUCAUCUGCAAACACCUAAUCGAGGUAUGCACAAUCCGCAAGGCAUGAAAGGGAACAGACCUACAAGGGGUGGAAAAGGAAGACCUCCUGGUGGAGGCAGAGAGAACCAACAAGGUCCCAUUCAAUUGCCUAUCAUGGGUUCACCAUUUGCAAACCUUGGAAUGCCACCGCCUAGUCCCAUUCAGUCUCUACCUCCUGGCAUGUCGCCGAUCCCGGGCCCUCCCGUUGCUCCUGUCUUCAUGCCUUCGUUUCCUCAAACUCUUGUCUGGCCUGGGGCACGAGGAGUCGAUGGUAACAUGUUACCUAUUCCUCCUGUUCUCUCGCCGCUUCCUCCUGGACCAUCAGGCCCGAGAUUUCCUUCGCUUAGCGCUCCUCCAAACCCGAAUAUGUUCUUUAAUCCACCAGGUUCUGAAAGAGUAGGUCCUCCUAACUUCUCCAAUUCUACAUUCAAUGUUUCCGGACAAAUGGGACGGGGAAUGCCGUCUGAGAAAAACUCAGGGGGAUGGGUUCCUCCUCCUCGAGGCGGUGGACCUCCGGGGAAAGCUCCUUCUAGGGGAGAGCAAAAUGACUAUUCACAGAACUUUGUGGAUACUGGAAUGAGGCCACAGAACUUCAUCCGAGAGCUUGAGCUUACUAAUGUAGAGGACUACCCUAAGCUUAGGGAGCUCAUACAGAAGAAAGAUGAGAUUGUAUCUAACGCUGCUUCUGCGCCAAUGUAUUUAAAAGGCGACUUGCAUGAAGUUGAGUUAUCUCCCGAGCUGUUUGGAACAAAGUUUGAUGUAAUUCUUGUUGACCCACCGUGGGAGGAAUAUGUCCAUAGAGCUCCUGGUGUUUCUGAUAGUAUGGAGUAUUGGUCAUUUGAGGACAUCAUCAAUCUCAAGAUUGAGGCAAUAGCUGAUACUCCCUCCUUUAUCUUCCUCUGGGUUGGUGAUGGUGUUGGGCUAGAGCAAGGUCGCCAAUGCCUGAAAAAGUGGGGUUUCAGAAGGUGCGAGGACAUUUGCUGGGUGAAGACCAACAAAAGUAAUGCAGCACCAACAUUACGACAUGAUUCUCGUACUGUGUUUCAGCGCUCAAAGGAGCACUGCUUGAUGGGGAUAAAGGGUACUGUUAGACGUAGCACUGAUGGACAUAUAAUCCAUGCUAACAUCGAUACUGACGUUAUUAUUGCUGAAGAACCUCCCUACGGUUCGACUCAGAAGCCUGAAGAUAUGUACAGGAUAAUAGAGCAUUUUGCACUUGGUCGCCGGAGGCUUGAGCUUUUCGGUGAAGAUCACAACAUUCGAGCUGGCUGGCUUACCGUUGGAAAAGGCCUUUCUUCCUCAAACUUCGAAUCACAGGCUUAUGUGAGGAACUUUGCGGACAAGGAAGGUAAAGUGUGGCAAGGAGGAGGAGGAAGGAAUCCGCCACCAGACGCACCGCAUCUCGUUGUGACUACUCCUGAUAUCGAAUCUCUCCGGCCCAAAUCACCGAUGAAGAACCAGCAACAAUCAUCAUAUCAACCGUCUCUGGCCUCCUCUGCCAAUUCCUCAAACCGAAGAACCACAGGGAACUCACCACAACAGGCAAAUCCUAAUGUUGUUGUCUUGCAUCAAGAAGCUUCUGGAUCUAACUUCUCUGUUCCGCCUCCACACUGGGUAGCAGCAGCAGCUCCUCCCGCGGCUGCGGUUGCUCCUGCUCCGACGAUGGAGAGCUUUCGAGUGCCUGAAGGUGGCAACAACAACCAGAGACCACCAGACGACAAGAUUUUUGACAUGUACGGCUUUAACUGAGAGCCUCUUCUUGUUUCUAUUGGAUGGACAUGAGAAAACUCUGUUGCUUAUGGUUUGGUCCUCUGCCUCUGUAAUUCUUUUCAUUUUUUUACAUUUCGUUGAGCCAAUACUUUAUAUUCAUUUCAUUAUCAAUCAAGCUUUAUCUAAUAAUCCCAUUUUUCUCCAAA